GUAGUUGCAGUCGCCACUGCACAGUCCGCACCCGUACAUACGUUCGCGUAGUGCGUCUCAGAAAACUAUCCUUAUCGAAACACCGUCAUACAUAUAUACGUACACAUAUACGCUUAUAGCUGAAAUCGAAUUUUCAAUAUUAAGGAAAACAUCAGCAGUGAACGAGAUUUCAUUAACGACAGACGUUCAACAUUCGCAUUAGUGCGACUGUGUCAAACGACGAUGCAAUUUAUCGUCGAAGCUGGUGGUUGUUUUGAGCCUGGUGUGUUACUCGAUUAGAAUGGUUGCAAGUGUCGCGCGCAUCGCUGGCAACCCGUGGAGUGUUGUGCCAAAAUAAAUCAGUGUUAGCUUUUCCUCGGUAACUGCCAGUGAACGAAUGUACCUCGUCGUUCGGAUCCGUUCGCAAACGGCGGGACAAGCUAUGUGGAAUUGUGAUAACCCGCUCUUUUGUUUCGAAGACUAUGGGUGUCAUACUCCGCUAAUGUGCAUCCCGGUAUUUUAAAAGCGAUCCGCUUUGCCGAGCGGAGGUGUUUUCUUCGACUAUCAUCUUACCUACCCACUGAAUUUCGUUCUCCUCAUUCACCUGAGUUAUUACCUACAACAGAGCUGCAACACAUCAUUUUCCGUACUACUGUUUCCAACUACCUUAUCCGCCCUGACGUGAUUCGCCCGGUUUGCCCGCCACAGGACGGGUUAUGUUUCCCACUUUCAUCGGAAUCCUAGACAUUCAAUCGUGGUGGGAGGUGCCAAGUAUAGCACACUUCUGCUCAUUAUUUAGGGCUGCCUUCAAUCUUCUGGACUUUGAUAUUGAGGACUUAGAAGAAGCUUUACUAACGGAUGGUGGAACAGAGGGACGUUUAGUACAGGAGCUAAUAGUCAGGUUACUUGAAGGUUGUUUACCUAACGACACCCGCAAUGACAUCUCCACCUUUAAUUAUCAGAUGUUUCUUCGCAGAUUGUUUCGUAAGAAAUGUCAGGAAUACAAGUGUGAGAAUCCUUUUAAUACAGAUGUAGAUUUUGAAUUGUUACCUCUUCGUCAGAAAGUAGAAAUUUUACGUGCCCUCUGUGACUUCAGGCUCGACGCUGAAGACGUGGAGCAAUCAUUAAGUAAUUUAGACUCGGAUAGCCUGCGAGUCGAACCUUUAGGACAUGAUCGUAAGAAUUCUGCCUAUUGGUACUUUUACGGCACUCGAUUAUAUAGGGAGGACUACAUUGAUACAUCUAACAGUAUCUCAUACAAACAGAAAAACAAGCCUAGGGAUAAAAAGCGUAAAAGACGACGAAACAGAGUGGCGAAGGAGGAAGAGGAAGAGGAGGAGAAGAAGGAAGACAGUUUAAUACAAGGAGAGGGAAAAGAAAGUGUCUGGCAGGUUGUCUGCUUUACUCAACAGGACUGGAGUCGUUUAGUUGAAAAAUUUCGUGAUUCGGAGUACGAUACCGAACGUAAACUUUACCGUACUCUAUCCGAAGAUUUCAUGCCGGAAAUCCCUAAACUUUUUGAUUUAAAAGAAAAACAACAAAGACGCAAAUUAUUACAACGUAAUAGUUCGCGGGUUCUUCGAAGUCACGAGCCUACGACACAGAUGGAAACAGUCAUGGUUAGAUCGAAAAUUAAAACUAAAACGAACAAAGGAAAUAAAAAGGGGACACAGAAUUCGAAGAAUGUUUAUGUUAAAGAGGAGACAUCUCCGCCUUUAUCUUCUCCUCCAGUUCAAAAAAAAGGACGCCAGACUAAUAAUUCGUUAGCUUCGGCCGUUGGUCAGAUUGUAAUUCAUACCAGGGAUGAAGUUGAAGGAACAGAGAAGAAAAAGGGUGUCGGAAGUAAUAGCGACGGGAAUUACGUAGCUUCUAAUUACGGAUAUAAAUUUGGAUAUUCUUUUGGGAUCGAGGAAGAAGAACGUCGAGUUGGUAUGCAUAAGGUUCUUGAAAGCCUGAAGGAUCACGUGGAUGCCUGGCCAUUCAUUGAUCCUGUAGAUGAAGAAUAUGCGCCAAGGUACUAUAGCGUGGUACGGAAACCUAUGGAUCUUAGUACAAUGGAGGAAAAACUUGAGAAUGGUUUAUACAAAAAUUUAAACGAAUUCAAACGCGAUUUUCGGCUGAUAGUAGAUAAUUGUAGACAAUACAAUGGCUCUGAUAAUGAAUAUACAGAAAUGGCAUUCAAUCUUAAAGAAGCAUUCGAUAAAGCUGUUAAUCGUUAUUUAGAAUCGGAAACAUCAAGCGACGAAGACGCUUCCUCACCGAAAUCGUGUCUAACGACUCCUGCAUCUCCUUCGUGUCCUUCUCGUGUUUCGUCUCCGCAUCAAAAUAAGAAACGUUCUAAGAAAUCGACUAAAAAAUCCAAAUCGUACAAGUCUGAAAGUAAAGGAAAAUCUAAAGCAAGCGAUAAGAACGACGAGGAAGAGAAACGGGGAAAGAAUUAUAAACUUCCAAAGAAGAAACGUGGAAAGAAAAAGAGUAAAAGGGCGAAAGACGAAGAAUCGGUGAACGAGGAAGAACAGGAAGAGCAAGAAAGUGAGGAUGCCAUGUCUGAAUCGAGUAUUAUAACGUCAAAAAGAAGAAAACAUCUCGACGUGAAUAAUUUAUUAUUAAAAACCAAAAAGCUGUCGUCCAAAGAAUCAGAUGAGUUGAAAAAGAUAGACAAAAAGAUGAGUAAAGAACGUCAUCAACAAAAAAAAGAAGCGGAGAGUAUGAAACCGAUGAAAGAAUCGAAAGAGAAUAAAAAGCGAAAAGAAGACUUCGAGGAAGAUUACGAGCCCCUAGUCAUCGCGAAAAGUAAAAGUAGGAAAAUCGAAAAGAAAGAGCUCGAAGAAACUGAAAUAUUUACGGAUAAUGCUAAAAAGAAUAAAGUGAAGAAGAAUGAAUCUCACGAAAACGAAGUGAUGUCGGAAAAUAAGGAUAAAAUUCAGCAUAUCAAGGUAAAGAAAAAUCGGAAGAAGGAAAAGGCGGGGUUGAAAGCCUUGAAAUCUGACGAGAAGUCCGAGAAGACCGAGAAGAAUCAUGUAAAGGAUAAAGAGAAAAAAUCAAAACAGAAAAACGAUGAACUUAAAAAUGGAGAGUUAUCGAACGAACUAGAUUCCAAAGAUGUAGAUCUAGAAAGUGAUUUAGACUCAAAGGAAAUGCAUGCAUCUAAGAAAAUUCCUGCAUUUAUAGGUGAUAAAGAUAUAGAAUCGUUGGACGGUUUAAAGGAUAAAAUAAGCGAGAGGCGACGAGAGGAAAAGUUAAAAAAUGAAAAGGAGAAGCCGAAGAAAACGUCGAAAAACGAACUUCACAAUAUGUAUUCAAAAAAAGUGCCUUCAAACGGUAGUACCUUUAAUGACAGCGAUAAAGCCAGCGCAAAACGACCAAAGCUAAAAAAAGGAAUGAAAGAAGAAAAAGUUCCUAUCACGGAAGAUACAGUUAAAACUCAAGACCAAGAAAUGAACGAGACCAAGAAAGUAAAAGUGGCUCAGACCAAAAGUACCAAAGGUUUUGGAAAAGAAGAGAGUUCGAUACAAGCGUUGAAUCAAGCAACAGAGCAAACACUCCAUGACAUCAAUAAAUGGCUUGACGACGCACCAAGGCUUUCAGAGUUUUCUUCUGGAAGUGAUUCUCCAGUAUUUCAUUCUUCUGUUGAAUUCGGUCGGUCAGGGCCAAAGGUGGAAGCCCCAAGGAAACGACCAAGUUCUAUUAAGAUCUUUGGACCUCAUGGGCCUAGUAGACCAAAAAAAAUACAACGUACAAUAGACCGCUUACAACCAGGAAAAAGUAAAGGAAACUUGCUUUUGAAGAAACCAUUGAAUUUACCCAACGUUGGUAGCAACGAGACGACGGUGCAUCCGUUGACCGGUGACAAUGAUCAAACGAAUAAGAAUGCAGACGAAGAACCAAAACUUAGUUUAGGAACUGUUCUAAAAAAUGUCGAUUCUAUUCAACUGAUUUGUAAGAGUUUAGUUUCUUCGCCUAAUCCGAAUUUUUCAAACGACGACGAGGAAGAAGAUCACAAUACUGUUCCUGCGAUCCCAGUGUCUAGUCUUAAAGAGGAGAAAUCAUCAUCCGGAGCGACAUCGACCCAAGCACCUGCAGCAACAGAAGAAUCUAAAGAUAAUCAGUCUAGUGUAAAGGAAACACAAAAACCUAAGGCAGCAACGCCUAAUUUAAGUGCAUGGUUCAAAGCUUUUGGUGCGCCUAAGUCGAAAAAGAAAGAUGAAGAGUCGGAGGAUAGCACGGCAAAGAAAGACGGUGAAUUGCAGGAAGUAUUCUAUGGUAGACAAAGAAGAAUGAGUACUGGUGGUAGUAGUGUAAGUGAAUCUGUUUCGAGUUUCUCUCAAGAAUCACCACCUGGACGUUCCGGAAGAUCUCCGCAAGGGCAACCUAUAAUGGCUUCGGUUGAGCCUCAAAUAAGAGGAGCUGGAUUUUAUCAAGACGCUUUAUCGACGGGAAGUAGUCCAUAUAAUAGCCCUUAUUACGCGACACCACCUAGAUACAGUGCUCAGUUACCACCAACUCCAUCCCCACAGAAUCAUCCUUUGUCCCCAGCUUACCCAUCGUCGUCUUUCGAACAGGCUCCUCCUCUUUAUUCCCAAAUACCGGCUCAACAGCCGCAUCAAACGUUUCAGAAGUCUCCUCAGGAGAAUUCUGGAGAGGUGUAUCAUCAAUUAUCCCCUACGUUUCCACAACGUUCCCCUCAAACCAAUAAUUUCCCUCCAAAUCCGACACCGGCAAGUGAACCUUUUAAUCAACCAGUGCAAUCUACUACUCCUAAUCCGAGUCAAUCCGCAACCUAUUCGCAACAUUCGCCACAACCUGUGCAACAGGUGUAUCCUCAACCUUCUCCACAACCACCUCCAUCAAAUUAUUCACAACCAUCGCCUCAGCAAUCGCCUACUCCCAAGUAUUCACAACUUUCUCCGCAACAGAAUGCCGCGAAUUACUCUCAACCUUCCCCCCAAGCUUCCAACUAUUCUCAAGCAUCACCUCAACAACCUCAUUCGCCUUAUUCACAGAAUUCUCCACAAGCGCCACCGCCAAAUUAUUCUCAACCAUCCCCGCAACCGCAGCCUUCUCCUUACGCACAGUCUCCUCAACAAUCAGCUGGAUAUUCUCAGCUUUCACCUCAGCCGCCUUCAAAUUAUUCUCAACCAUCGCCUCAGCCGCCUGCUAACUAUUCCCAACCGUCGCCUCAGCCACCUGCUAACUAUUCUCAACCAUCACCUCAGCCGCCUUCAAACUAUUCUCAACCAUCGCCUCAGCCUCCUCCUGUCUACCCGCAACAGUCUCAGCCUGCGAACUUCUCUCAUCCGUCCCCCCAAACGCAUUCUGUUGGUUUCACGCAAUCGUCGCCCCAGCCUCUCACAGCAUAUUCUCAGCCAUCGCCUCAACCACGAAACUACUCUCAACCAUCGCCACAGCAAAUUCAACCUUUUCCACAGCAUUCUCCUCAACCACCGCCGUCCUAUUCUCAACCCUCUCCGCAAAAUGCACCAUACUCUCAGCCAUCGCCGCAACAAUCAGCCAAGUAUUCUCAACCUUCCCCUCAGCAACCAACCAACUAUUCUCAUUCGAUACAUUCGCCUCAAACGCCACAGAAUUAUUCACAGUUGUCUCCUCAACAGGCACCGCCGAGCAAUUAUUCUCAACCCUCGCCUUCGCCUCAACAAUCUCGUAACUAUUCUCAACCCUCUCCAUCGCCUCAACAGUCACGUAAUUACUCUCAACCAUCGCCAUCGUCUCAACAGUCUCACAAUUAUUCGCAACCAUCGCCGUCACCUCAAACCCGCAGUUACUCCCAACCUUCGCCUCAACAAAAAUCUGCAUGCCCGUCGCAAACGUCUCAGCAGCCUUCGAAUUACUCGCAGCCAUCGCCUCAACAGAGUACAAACUACGCUCUGCAACAGCAGUCGACCAAAACCACGGAAGAGUAUCCGCAGAAUGCAUCGACACCGUCUAAUUACUCCCAUGGAUAUAAACAAAAUCAUUCUUACAUACAGUCCCCGACACCGUCGUCGAUCAACGAAACGGAACACCGAGCCGAUUAUAUGAAGUCCAGCAGUGGCGAGAAAUCCUCGAGUAUAGAACAACAAAGAAACUUCACUGUUCCGCCGGAGGCUUCGUUGAAUCUGAACGCGAACCACCAAAUUUAUCAGUCACCGAAUCAGUAUCCACCAACGUUCGGGAACAAUUAUCCUAACAUUGAUCUGCAAAGGUCUGUAUCGAGACACGGUGGUCAGGAACAACCUCAACAACAACAACCGCAACAGCAGCAGCAGCAACAACAACAACAACAACAACAACAACAAGCGCCCCAAGAGCGACCUAGUUUCACCGAUCUAAACGAAUCUCUGAACGCUCAAAAAUACGCUCAGCAACGCUCGUUCCUCGGUAAAACUGGUAGCACGGGCGAACAGUUGUCGAGCCAGGAUCAAUCUCAAAUCUUAGCAUUCCAACAAAACCUGACGGCCCAUGAAUCUCUUUAUCCGAGCAGUUUUCAACCAUCCGGAUACCCUAUGCCAAACUCUAGACCGAUGUAUCCCAGUCCGCAUUAUUUCGAUACAAGUUCGAAGACUGCCAAUAGCGGAACCGCGAAUAGCUCCAGUGGGAAUUUACCACCGGUUAAGAAGCGUGUGUACAAUGAAUCGUCCACGGAAGCGUCCCGUGGUUUAACGCAAGAGGCUGCGUCGAGAACCGGUCAGGAACAGUUUGGUUUCGAUCCGAUAAUGGCAUUGCCACAACCAGAAGCAGUGUCAGCUAGUCAAUUCGACGCCACGUUUGUUGGGAACUUGGCCGAUUCGGUCGCAACGAAUCCGGCGGCGUAUGCUCGGCUAGGUUUAGGCUUGGUGGGUCGUACCAGCAAGGAACAACAACAGUUGUUAACGAUUCCUAGACCACCGCCGACGAAAGCGGAACACUUGGCGUACGCUCGUAGCCCCGCGACGGGAGCUGCAGAGUUAGACCUAAAUCUCCUUCAAAGUUUGCAAACGGCAUCCGCGAAGAACAGCCAAGGUAUCCUGUCCAUGUCUCGCAGGGGAGGAGAUACGUCUUCUGGUUCCACGUCCGCGCCUGCGAAAACGAAGAAAAGCAGAAAGAGCAAGCAACAACAGCAGGAACAACAGAACAUUGCGAACGUUUCGUCGACGGUGAACACGGAACCCCAAGCGAACACAGGUAUACCUGGUUUUCCACAGUACACAGGAACGUCCGCGGAUUCGAUCGGUUUAAAGAACACCGCCAUGGUGCCACCUGCUGGGAGUGCCUUCAACUUUGCCGCAUCGACCAACACCACGACCAGUUCACCUUUCUACGAUAAAGAGGCGACCGCCGCCGCGGCGGCGUUCGCAUUUUUGGACGAGUUUCGAAAUCCGAACAGUUAUUACAGCAUGGCGCUUAGGCAACAACAACAACAACAGCAACAACCACAAGUACCGCCGGUCUCAGAUGCCACGCAACAAGCCUGCAACAAACUUAGCAAUCAACCGCCAAGAAACUAUCCGCCUCAUCCUUUUCUUCAUUCUGCCCAGAGAUCAGCAGCUUACGGCCCUCCGGUAUCCGCUUACGUGACACCCCAUGGGCCAAACUUAACGGUGGAUCCAACUGCCUAUCAACAGUACAUUCAUUCCCUCUACGCUCUUCAACCACCGCCGCAUCAUCAUCGACCGUCCUGGCUUUAGCUGUUAAAAUCUUUGUAACUGGUGUCAUUGAAUGACAUCUCCAUCGGUAUAUCGCCACGUUAAAAAGUUGGUCGGAACAGUAUUUAAAAUGGGACAGUAUUCGACUUGAUAUUUUUUUUUUUUUUUAUUGAUCAAAGUAAUACAGUGAUCGCGAUACCAAUUAUCCAUCAUUGUGGAUAAACUAUAAAGUAUAAUAAGGUACACUGUUCGCAAUUAUAGAUACUGUUUUAUCCAAUUUUAUUUCUAUGCAAUCAUAAUCAGAACUUGUUUCGUUUAAGAAACAACGGUGCUAAAACGAUAUUCCUUGAUUGUUUUAAUAGGAAUGCCCGAAAUAUCUUAUAACAUUGUCAACAUAUUUUUUUUUUAUAUAUUUCUAAACGUAUUAUUCAUUUGUUUCAUUAAUUGACGUAUGAGAUUGUUAUCCACGUAUCUUACUUUUAUUAUUAUUUAACGAAGAAAACUUCUGUCAUUAUAACGAUAAAGAUGGAACGAAGUUCUGAUUACGAUAUUUCAUAACACAACCGGAAGAAACGCCGUAAUCUCGUGUACGUCAAACAGUAAAAAAGAAAGAAAAAAAAAAUAAAAACAAAACGCGUCAAAAUAGUUGCUCGUUAAUUUUUUCUAAAUAUAAUUUUACUGAUUGACUAGCGAACGACGGAUCUAAACAUUAUUUUUUUUUCUGGAACUAAAAUGCUGGUUUCUUCGCUAAUUCGUUUUUCCCCCCAUUCUUCGCAUUUGUUUCCUUUUUUCUUUCAAAUGAAGCGAUAGAUGUAACUUUGACAUUUUUACACGAAUUUAUCAGAAACAGUGGAAAGGAAGAAAACGUUUAGCUUUUAGUUGGUAAUCUAUUUUGUAGUCAUAUGUAUAUAAAGAGUAAGCCUACAUUAUGUAGGAAUUUUUGAUAGUUUUUUCUAAUGAGACUAGUCGACAGCUUAGGUGUAAGUUGGAAGUCGCUAGUGCCGGAAGUAAACCUUUCUAUCAAAAGUUCCUCUAUCUAACUGUUCUUCUAAUGGACGUCCCUUUCUAUUUCACCAGUAUAUCGAGACAUGGGUUAUGCAAUAUUCAGAUUUAUUAUAGAAGGAAGAAAAUGAUGACAGUACUCGCAAUUAUCCUGCCUAUCAGAAAUACGUAUUUCUUUGACUUGUUUUUACAUUUCAAUGGCAAAUCGCUAGACCCGCAAAAUACGUAGAAGUUUUUACGUGACUUCUGAUUUCAAAGGAUUUCUGUACGAUAUGUCGAGUGCACUGUUGCCUGGUGUAUCUUAUGUAGAGUAUAUAGACUUGUUAGUAAUGUAAGCUAGGAUUCGUUUCUUUGUAUAUAAAAUACAUAUCCUUCAUAGACGAUGUGCUCGAUGUAAAGAAAGAUCUGCAAUGUCAAAGACCUUGUUGAAUCGUCCGCGGUAGAUAAAGAACGGGAAAAACGUAGGGAAAUAGAUGAAAACAUGAAAAAAAUGUGUAUACGUAUGGGUUCGAGUAUGUAUGAUGUAUAUGCGCGUGUGGUGUCAGUAUGUGUCGUGUGAUUUGUGGAUGAGGAUAAAAAAAUAAAGUAUAAUACACCACAA